AUGGUUUCUGAAAAAUGGGUUGUGGCAGUUUUUCUGCUACAGCUUUGCUGGGCCAGUGGCUUCUGCGGCAAGGUCCUCGUGUGGCCCUGUGAUAUGAGCCACUGGCUGAAUCUAAAGACUAUUCUUGAGGAGCUCACAGCAAGAGGGCAUGAGGUAACAGUCCUGAAAUUCCCCAGUAUCAUCAUAGAUCAGAGUAAACGUGCUCCACUGCACUUUGAGAAUAUUCCUGUGCCGUAUGAAAGUGAAAUUGCUGAUGAUCUUCUAAAUAAGAUGGCAAAUCUAGCUGUGAAUGUCAUUCCAAACCAGUCCCGGUGGAAAGCUGCAAGAUCAUUGCAAGAUUUCUUUCUUCAACUGACUGGAGUUUUUGAAGAUCUUUGUAGGAGUGUAUUGUACAACCAGACAUUCAUGAACAAGCUACGGGAUGCUAAAUAUGAUGUAGUGGUUAUAGACCCUAUCAUUCCCUGUGGAGAGCUGGUGGCAGAGGUGCUUCAGGUCCCUUUCAUAAACACCCUGAGGUUCAGCAUGGGCUAUAUCGUGGAGAAACACUGUGGUCAGCUUCCAACUCCACCUUCGUAUGUACCAGAUGCCAUGAGUGAAUUAGCAGAUCAUAUGACCUUUACAGAAAGGGUGAAAAAUAUGAUGCUUUCACUGUUUUUUGACUUUUGGAUCCAGCAAUAUGACUUUGCAUUCUGGGAUCAGUUUUACAGCGAAACGCUAGGAAGACCCACCACAUUCUGUAAGACUGUGGGGAAAGCUGAAGUUUGGCUAAUCCGAACAUAUUGGGAUAUUGAAUUUCCUCGUCCAUAUUUACCAAAUUUUGAGUUUGUGGGAGGACUGCACUGCAAACCUGCCAAGCCUUUACCUAAGGAGAUUGAAGAAUUUGUUCAGAGUUCUGGAGAACAUGGUGUAGUAGUGUUUUCGCUGGGAUCAGUGAUUAAAAACCUGACUGAAGAGAAAGCCAACCUCAUUGCCUCGGCCCUUGCCCAGAUUCCUCAGAAGGUUUUGUGGAGAUACUCAGGCAAGAAGCCAGCCACAUUAGGAUCCAAUACUCAGCUGUUUAAUUGGAUUCCCCAGAAUGAUCUACUUGGACAUCCUAAAACCAAAGCUUUCAUCACCCAUGGUGGAACAAAUGGGAUUUAUGAAGCAAUUUACCACGGGGUCCCUAUGGUGGGGAUUCCCAUGUUCGCUGACCAGCCUUCUAACAUCGCUCACAUGGAGGCCAAGGGAGCCGCUGUGAAAGUCAGCAUCAACACAAUGACGAGCGCAGAUUUACUCAGUGCCCUGAGAGCAGUCAUUAAUGAGCCUUCUUAUAAAGAGAAUGCCAUGCGGUUAUCAAGAAUCCACCACGAUCAGCCAGUGAAGCCCCUGGACAGAGCUGUCUUCUGGAUUGAGUUUGUCAUGCGUCACAAAGGAGCCAAGCACCUUCGUGUGGCAGCCCAUGACUUGAGCUGGGUCCAGUACCACUCUCUGGAUGUGAUCGGAUUCCUGCUGGCCUGUGUUGUGAUUCUGAUAUUCAUCAUCACUAAAUGUUGUUUGUUUGUGUGUCGAAAAUGCUGUAUGAAAAAAAGGAAGAAAAGGGGGACCAGAAAGAAAAAGAACUAGGUCUUUUUAAGGUUUGAGAAAGUCCGGAAUGACAGUUAUAUUA